AUGGACACUGUUGGGGAUCGGAGCAGUGUUUUGACAUCGCUGGUGAUGGGGCCGACGACGAACGAGCUGCGUGGUGAUGAUGAUGGUCGGGUUUCUGUGGCGUUUGCGACUGGAGAUGCGCAUCGAUAUGUGGCUUCUGUUGAGGAAGUUGGCAUGGCUGGUGUUGAUGGUCUGGGUGUACAGGGCACUGAUGCUCGAGAAGAGACGGAUGAGUUGGUGUCAGGUGGGCCGACGAGUGAACAGGAGCCGACUGAUGAGGUUGCUGGGGUGGUGCCAGAGCCGAUGAGCCUUCAAACGACUGAUUUCGUUCCGCAGCCGCCUCUGUUAAUAGAAGAUGAGGUUAGGCCGGCCGAUGAAGACAGUGCCAACAGACUCGAAACGGCACCCAGAGACGACAUAAUCAUCGAAGAGACCGGACCUCUUCAAAAACCACCGAACGCCGAAGAUACCAUAAGCGCCAACGAGGAUAUAGCAGCAUCUAUUCAAAGAACACCACCCAUCGCCGGCGAUGAUAGACACACCGAGGAAGACAGUACAACGGUUACUCCGACUGUGUUGAGCAACGACGAAACACAAACUGCACCCUUAUCACCAGAGCCACACAUAACACCCAAAGCUGGUGACACGGGACAUCAAACAACACAGCCCAGGGAGCUCAACAAUGACGGACUAGCCAUCAAAUACGAUUAUGACUACGUCGAGGGCCAUCGUAUUCUGCGUUUCAAACCUACCACAGAGCAGUGGGAUGACUUCCCCGCCGUUUUGGCCUAUGCCAGAAGUCUUGGUGCCGAGGGGGAUGGCUGCUUCAAGGUCAUUAUCCCGGAUGACUUACAGGAUGCGCCACCGGAGAAGCCUGCACAGAGUCUACCGGCCAACGCAUACAAGGUCAAGUUGAUAAGACGGACGACUUUCUGGCAAGUAAGCACGGUGCCGUCAGAAGGUGUUUUCGCAUCAUCCCAAGAACCCGGCUCCGAAUUCUCCGAUUCAGUGGAUGUCGCCCUCAAGCAUCUGAAGCACCUCUUCAGAAAACAUCAAAAUAGGCAACUGCGCAACAUUCGAUACCGAGUCGACGUGCCCGCCUGGACUAAAACCCAAAGACGCCUUGCCGGCGUUCCGGAGAGAAGCCCAAUCUACCCCCUAAAAGGCGACAAGCUCGACCACACCAAAGCCGUCAUUCCCGGCAUACACACCCCCUACGUAUAUGAAUCAUCAUCAUCCUUUGGGGCGACAUUUCAAAUCCACGCCGAAGACUUUCGCCUCGCAUCACUAAACCACCUCUAUAAAGGACGAAAGAUCUGGAUCGUCAUCCCCGCCACAGAUGUCGAUGUAGCAGAGCGAGCUUUGGGCCGAGGCUCGAGCUGUUCGCAAUUCAUGCGCCACCGAGCUGAAUUCUUCUUCCCCGAUAAGCUUGAAAAGCUCGGCAUACCAUACAGGAUCGUCGAUCAACGUCCCGGCGAGACAAUCGUCAUUCUCCCCGACGCAUAUCACGAAGGCUUCAGCUGCGGAUACACCAUUGCCGAGGCGAAGAACUACGCUGAUCCCGCGUGGACGACGGACUCGUACCAGCCGUGCCAAGCGAGCUGUAGAUUAGCCACGGCCAUCCCUGCGGCAUUUAUGCGCCCUCUUGGUGAGGGCGAGCAGCGUCUCGAUUUAUGCGCUGCGUAUGGCGAUGGCUUAUCGAUUCCUGUGCCUGCCGAAGCGCCAAAGAAGCGGGAUCAUGAAGAGGUGGAUGCUCAUGGAGUAGCGACAAAUGGGGUUGAGGAACAGGAGGCUAAGCGGGUGAGGGUGUAUGAAUAG